CAGCUCUGUUUAAAUUGUAGCUACAGUUCCAGCAAGUAAGUUGUGGUUGCUGACCCGGUGCCUUGCCUUUUAUUUAUAAAUGCAUGAGCAUUGCACGGCAGGUCCUGAACUGCUCAAGGUUCACAGGUCGUUCAGCUCACAUUACCUGCAGACAAAGGUUUUGUACUUCACAGCACCGUAUGAUGUCACGGCACACACACACCAAAAGAAUUGAGGGACUGGACAAGAACGUCUGGGUGGCGUUCACGUCCGUGGCAGCCGACCCGUCCAUUGUUAACCUGGGCCAAGGCUUUCCAGACAUCCCCCCACCUUCUUACGUCAAGGAGGCGUUAGCAGAGGCUGCCUCAGUGGACCGCAUGAACCAGUACACCAGAGGCUUCGGUCAUCCAUCUUUGGUGAAGGCGCUUUCUCAGGUAUACGGGAAGGUCUAUGGACGUCAGAUCGACCCUUUUAAAGAAAUCCUGGUCACAGUCGGUGGUUAUGGCUCAUUAUUCAGCACCAUGCAGGGCCUGGUGGAGGAAGGAGAUGAGGUCAUCAUCAUCGAACCUUUCUUCGACUGUUACGUUCCCAUGGUGCGGAUGGCAGGAGCCAAACCGGUGCUGAUACCUCUACGACCUAAGUCUGGAAAGAAGACCAUGACGAGUGCCGACUGGUAUCUGGACCCAGAUGAGCUUUCCAGUAAAUUCAGCUCCAGGACAAAGGCCAUCAUCAUCAACACGCCCAACAACCCCAUCGGGAAGGUCUUCACCCGAGACGAGCUGCAGGUGAUCGCAGACCUCUGCGUUAAACACGACACGCUGUGCGUCAGCGAUGAGGUUUACGAGUGGCUCGUCUAUAAGGGACACCAACACAUCAAAAUUGCCACUCUGCCUGGAAUGUGGGACAGAACCAUAACCAUCGGCAGUGCAGGGAAAACCUUUAGUGUUACUGGAUGGAAGCUUGGCUGGUCUAUAGGACCGGAGCACCUGAUAAAGCAUCUUCAGACUGUCAUGCAGAACACUCUCUACACCUGCCCGACACCUUUACAGGAGGCAGUGGCACAAGGUUUACUCCUGAACUGUGAGCUGAUGGGCCGACCCGAGUGUUAUUUCUCCUCACUGGCUGAAGAACUGGAGGGAAAGAGGGACCGCUUGGCCAGCAUCUUGCAAGAGGCCGGGAUGACUCCUGUCAUUCCAGAGGGAGGCUACUUCAUACUUGUGGACGUGACGUCGCUCAAUCAGGACCUGUCGCACAUGGUGGAAGACGAAGCCUACGACUACAAGUUUGUGAAGUGGAUGAUUAAAGAAAAGAAACUGGCAGCCAUUCCAGUCACAGCGUUUGUUGGAGACGAAUCCAAGAAGCAGUUUGAGAAAUACAUUCGUCUUUGUUUCAUCAAGCAAGACAGCACUCUGGAAGCAGCGGGAAGCAUCCUGAAAAACUGGAGCAAAGUUUAACCCAGCGGUGCGUCUGAAGCUGGACCGACUUACACUAACUUACAUUAUGCAGCAUUUUCUCAUCCAGUACUUAUGGGUCUGAAAUUAAUGAGUUAGACGUAGCUGAGAGGAUCGAAACCCUCAUUCAUUCCUGCUGUGUUUCAUCUACACACAGCUAAACUAACUGAACCUUUGGGGGGAGGGGGGGCCUUAAAAAUAAUGUAGAACGAAUGAAAAAUGAGUUGUGUGUUUGGUUCCAGGCAAAGGGCGCUUCCAAGUCCUUUUUGUGGUGUUUUAAGGUUUGAAAUGGUAUUUGAGCUGCUUUGUUGAUAAAUUACAGCCUGAUGAGAUGAAGAAAGAGAUUAGUUUUCCUCAAGCGGUACAUCAGAGUCCACCUUAACAGCCGGUGUUCUGUCGAAACGUGCAGCCUUAUCAAAAUAUCCUACCACAGUUUAACGGUCGAUCCAGGCCACCCUAUCAGAACAAAAUACUCUGCACAUUUUUCAUAUGAUUCACUGUUGAGCCAAAGAUCCUCAAUUUGCACAUGGAUUAAUGAUCUUUACACAAACUGAAGAGCCAUAGGUAAGAAAUAAGAUCACAGGUGUUAAAAAUCAGACUGAAUAAUGGAUGACGGUAGGACUCCUCGGCAGUAUAAAUAACCCUAUAAAAGUAUGAUUAUAUAUUUAUGUAGGGAGGAUGAUUCCACAGCGUAGAUUAGUGAAGGUAAAUAUUCACAUCAACACUCAAAAUAGUUUAAAGAAUUUAUAAUAUACAAUUUAUCUGAACAUGCAUAUAAAUAUAUAAAACCCAAGUCUCACAACACGGAGGUACAGCUGUAAGAUAAUUUAUCUCAGGAGGUUCAGCUGAGGAAAGUGUCACAACACCGAGGAGCAGCUGUUCGACAGGACUUGAGGGUGUCAUGCGUUUAUGGGCUUGUCUUCACCGCACACGGAAAUGUUUUCGUGAAAUGUGCAUGUUUAGAAGGCAAAGGUUGGACGUCUCGAUGGGAAUGAGAUGUUAGAACACCGGCAGUGUCACCACGGUCUCUCUAAACCCGGAAUUUUCUGCACUUUUAGUUGAGGGAGAUAAAGACCAGCCAGGUUAUGGGUUUGGUUUUCAUUGAUUACUCGGAGAUUAUCAUACUGUGUGUGUUUGACGUUCCAGAUGAGCAGCAGGUAAAAAAAUGGAAUUUUCUUGUAUGUUUUUAAGCAACAAAGGGCAUCGAUAGCAAGUUAAACUGUUUCAUUGAAAAAGGCUGAAGGAGCUGAUGGACUGCUUUCCUCUGACAGAAAUGUUCAUGUCUUCCACAUUUUUAAUUCCAAAUUUACGACUGAAGUGAUUUGUCAGUCACAGAUUAACCCUUUUAUGUUCGCACUGAGAAAGGAAUGGAAAACCAUUUCUUUCAUUUUUUUUCUUUUCCUUGGGCAAUAAGAAGAGAAUUCAGUCUUUUUAACAAAUAAUUGAGAUGACAUUUAAUAAUGUAACAGGAGUUAAUAAAACAUAAAACAGUAAUGGGAACCACAAACACUUACUUUGGUUAUUACAGACCCAAACCGAGCGGUAGAGAUGACUCAGGCAGGUUUAUUUCCAUUAGUUUUUAAUAAGAUUCAUCCUAGUCGCUGAAAAAUGAGCUCUAGAGCAGGUAGUUGAAGGGUUAAACAGGGUAAUCGGGAUGGUGAGUAAACUUGGAGGUCACCCUAAAAUAAAAGUUUCCUUUUUAUCUCUUCUGUUGAAUACUACCAGAGUUGUUUGUGUCACAAUAAAGUCUGAUUUCAUGCGACGAGGAAGUGAAAUGAUCAUUUAGUGUCGCCAGGAAACCUGGAACCUGGAAAAGUCACCUUGAAAGUGCUUUCAAGGUGCUUGAAUUUGAUUUUCAGAGAUGUUGAAGAGCCCUGUCUCCUUUUGGAAAUAAAAAACUAAAACACUAAAAGCAGA